AAACUCUGCGUGCGGAUAUCUAUAAAUGAGAGGGAGACAACAAAGGUGUGCACACUUCAAGCCUGGACCUGAAAGUGUUUACAGCUCAGAAUGGACAAAGGCUGGUGGAAAUUAACCCUGGUUGUUGUGGUGCUCUUGGUCAGCACAUAUGCAGAAGCCUCAUUUUCACACCACAUGAAGGACUUCAUCAGGGCUGUAAAGCAGAUUGAAGAUGAGGACCUGGACUCAGAUCCAGCUGCUGUGCUAAAGAGGCUGCGCAGAGCAGCUGGCCUUAAUGAUGCCUUCAUCCAGUACUUCCUUCCAAAUGCUGACACUGGCAGUUCUGAACUGCCCGCUAACCUCUCAGAAUACUUUAGCAAGGUUUUGCACCACAGGGUGCUGGAAGAUGCCAAAGAAGAAGGAGUGGUUCUGACCCCAGACGGUAGCACAGUUGCCCUCGGACCGCUCCUCCUGGGCAUUGAAGCUGGCUUCCUAUCCAAGACUCGCGGACGAGCUCGAGGUCUCUACCAGCUCACUCUGGCCAAAGAUCUUGGUCUUUCUCUGAGGCAUGGUUCUUCAGGCACAAAUCGCCUUGGACCUGAUGGCUGCUGGGACAGCUUAACGUCCCCUAAAGUCUUCACUCUCUCAGACGAACCAACCUUGCUCACCACAGCUCAGGUCAAUGGAGGCAUGGAUGGCAUGAUACUGGGGAGAGAGGUUUCAGCCAGUUCCAAUCUUCUCAAGCUCAGCAGUCUGCUUAAUGACUACUACAACCACCAACUAGACAGCAAGGGAAUGGAUGGAGCCCCACGUCUCAUCAGUCGACGUCGCAGAGAGAACUUCAAAGCAUUGCUCCUCCCUCCACUGCUGGCCAGACAGGUGGUGAAGUCUGUAGAACUACGGGAAAGGCUGGCAGGACACCCUAUGAUGGAGGUGAAGACUAAGAAGCAGCUGAUGGCUGUUGUGAAGGAGGGAUUGAAAACGUUUGUCCACGUGUACAUGGAUUGUCCACCCAUCAUUUCUCGAUGUAUGUGGGGUGCUGCGCCGUACAUAGGAACACCCACUAUGCUGUCCUUGCCUCUGUCCUACUUGUACAUCCAUCACACCCACACCCCAAGCCAGCCGUGCUUGACCUUUGAGCAAUGCUCUGCAGACAUGCGAUCCAUGCAGCGCUUCCACCAAGAAGACAGAGGCUGGGAUGACAUUGGAUACAGCUUUGUUGCUGGAGAUGACGGGAACAUCUACGAGGGCCGAGGCUGGCUCUGGCAGGGAGCCCACACAUCCGGACAAAACUCCAAAGGCUAUGGCGUGUCCUUUAUUGGAGACUACGCAACCCGUCUUCCGUCUCAGAACUCCAUGAGGCUGGUGAGAGAUCAGCUGGCGUCCUGCGCAGUAGGCGAAGGGCGACUGGUGUCCUCCUACAUCCUACAAGGGCACAGAGACGCGGUGAACACAUCCUGUCCAGGAGACGCCUUCUACGCAGAAAUCAAAGGCUGGGAGCACUAUGGGAAAUGAAAACUGUGAGCCUGGGAAGAGGAAGAAUGAAGACAAAACAUUAUACAAUAAAUAUUCUUUUUGUUGCUAUGA